UUCGCCUCGAGCCGCUCGACUUCCAUUGCUCAUCUGGCUUGAUUUCUUUUAGCAGUCACGCUGAAAGGCAAGCAGGGACGCUGGAGAACAGUUGCGAGACUUGGAAGCUGCCCCUGAGAUAUCGCCAGAAUUUGGGCACCAGCAACUCGCUGCGGAAAGCUUCUCGUAUCUUCCCACCCACCGUCGAAGCCGAGGCUGCCAGCCCAGUCCCUUACGUUCUGCCCCAAGUGAGCUAGAUCUCCGCUGCUUUGACAUACGCAGACAGAGGAGGCACAAAGAUCGCUGGAGGAAGUAAAGCUUGUCGACCGGAAACAAUUUUCCCAGCCCAGUCAACUCCGUUGCCCAAGAUGAACGCUGGCGAACUUCUUACAAAUACGCUGUCUCCGGACGCCAACGUUCGACAGGAUGCCGAACAGAAGCUCGAGGUUGCCGCGCGGGAGAGCUAUCCGUCGUACAUGAUGAUGCUCGCCGCCGAGCUUGCCAGUGAAGCAGCUCUGCCACACAUUCGAGCGGCGGCUGGUGUCGCGGUCAAGAACGCCCUCUCUGCGCGCGAUGCCGCUCGUGCGACCGAGUACGCAGGACGCUGGCUUGCACUCGACGAUGCGGCCAAGCAAGAUGUCAAGAGCAAGUCUCUUCAGACUCUCACCACAGAGAACUCGCAGGCUUCAACGCAGGCGGGUCAGGUCAUUGCCGCCAUUGCAGCGAUUGAAAUCCCGCAGGGCGGGUGGAAAGACCUGAUCGCGCAAUUGCUCGCUGCCAGCCAAAACCAAGGUAACGCAAAGCUGAGACAGGCAGCCCUUCAGGCAAUUGGGUUCACUUGCGAAAGCUUGCAAAGCACUGACUCACUCCGAGAUCAAUCGAAUGAGAUCCUCACAGCUGUCAUUCAGGGUGCACGGAAAGAGGAGCCGGUACCACAAGUGCAACUAGCAGCCCUUCAAGCCUUGUUGAACUCUCUCGUGUUUGUGCGGGCCAACUUUGAGCGGGAAGGAGAGCGAAACUACAUUAUGCAGGUGAUCUGCGAGGCAACACAGAACCAGGACAGCAACAUCAAAGUCGCGGCGUACGAAUGUUUGGUCAAGAUCAUGUCGCUGUACUACGACAAAAUGCGCUUCUACAUGGAACAGGCGCUCUUCGGCUUGACAGUUCUUGGCAUGAGGGAUCCAAAUCAGCAGGUCGCACUGCAGGCAGUCGAGUUCUGGUCGACAGUCUGCGAAGUUGAGAUUGGCUUGACGCUGGAGGCGGAAGAAGCGAGCGAAUACGGCGAGGAGCCAAGCAGUAUCUGCUUCCAGUUCGCACGGAUAGCCAGCUCCGAGAUUCUCCCAGUCUUGUUGGAUCUACUUAAGCAACAGGAGGAGGACGCAGACGAGGACGAGUGGGACGUUUCAAAGGCGGCCGGUGUAUGCGUCGGCUUGCUUGCGCAGUGUGUCGGAGACCCCAUCGUCCCGAUCGCCAUUCCUUUCAUCGAAGGCAACAUCAAGAACCAGGACUGGAGAUCUCGGGACGCAGCAGUGAUGUGCUUCGGUUCCAUUCUGGAUGGACCUGACGCGAAGACACUGGCGCCUCUGGUCGAGCAGGCCCUGCCGAGCAUCAUCGAGAUGCUUCGAGACACCAGCGUGCCUGUCAAGGACACCGCCGCGUGGACGCUUGGUCGGAUCUCGGACUUGCUUGUCAACACGAUCGAUGGGGAGCGCGUCUUACCGUCGCUGGUGCAGGCUCUUCUGGCUGCACUGCACGACCAGCCUCGCAUCGCAACCAACUGCUGCUGGGCCAUCAUGAAUCUGUGUGAACAAAUGGGCGGACCAGCUCAGCCGAUCGCUGAGAACGUCGAUCUGGCACCAACCUCACCCAUUUCACCCUUUUACGAAGCCAUCAUCUCCAACCUGUUGCAGGCAACGCAACGCGAUGGCAACGAGUCCAACUCGCGGACAUCUGCGUAUGAGGCCCUCGCGACUGCUGCAAACAACGCUGCCAAGGACUGUCUGCCGCACGUGAGCAACCUGCUCGUCGCUGUCCUCGAAAGGCAAGAGCAGCUCAAUGGCAUGGCCGCCCAGCUCGUCGGCAUGGACGACCGCAACAACUGGGCUGAGCUCCAGAGCAACCUUUGCUCUGUCAUCCAGGCUAUCGUCCGGACAUUGCAGAAGGAGAUCAUGCCCAUUGCAGACCGCAUCAUGACCAGCCUGCUCACGCUCAUUCAAAAUGGAACCAAGCUGCCAACUGCACUCGAAGACGCGUUCCUUGCCGUCGCUGCUGUCAUCUCUGCGCUUGAAGCGGACUUUUCCAAGUACCUCGAUGCCUUCCUGCCAUUCAUGGUGCAGAGUCUACAGUCGCACGAGGAGUACCAGCUCUGCUCCAUUAGCGUUGGCCUCAUCGGUGACAUUUGCCGAGCACUCGGAAAAGGAUCGGCGCCAUAUUGCGAGACCUUUGUCAAAGUGCUCUUUGAGAAUCUUUCGAGUCCCACUCUCAACCGAAGUGUCAAGCCACCGAUUCUCUCGUGCUUUGGCGACAUUGCCAUUGCUAUUGGCGCUCAAUUUGAGCCAUACCUGGCCACGACCAUGACCGGUCUCGGGCAAGCGGCACUUAUGCAAGCCCCCAACCCGGAAGACUAUGAUUUGAUCGACUACAUCAACAGCCUUCGCGAAGGCAUCGCCGAGGCGUACGUUGGCAUCGUGUCGGGUCUGCGCUCAGACAACCGCGUCGAUCUUCUUCAGCCGUACGUGGAGAGCACCUUCGGCUUUGUCAAGAUCGUCAACGACACGCCGUUCGAAAGGAGUGAAUCGCUUCUGCGUGGCGCGAUCGGGCUACUCGGCGACCUGGCAAGCGCCUUCCCCAACGGACAACUCAAGGACGCGUUCAGGCAGAUGUGGGUUCCGGAGCUCGUCAAAGCAGGGCGAGCAAAGGGCAACGGGUCGGAAACGCGCAAGAUCUCCGCGUGGGCACGCGAGCAGAUCACGCGAGCCGUUACUGCCAGUGGCUAGGCGCCUUGUGCUGUCGUAUUCUCACCUGUAACACUUCCUUGGCAUCAGCAUAAACAGCCGGCCCAACCCGCGCUGUUCCCAUCGCAUUCUCAUUUCCAACUUAGCGUCUGCCUCCUUCCAUUCACUGUUAAAUUUUUCUUUUUACACCGGGUCUUCCUCAUCACCGUGGCCAACAUCCGACUUUUCUCGACCUCCCCUCGUCCUCAAAAGACUUUCCCCGCGCAAGUCAUCGGGGCAUCAAGAGUCCAAACACACCAUCACUGUAAUACCCGCUCCUCCCCUCCUCUCUCCACGAUCCGCCUCAGCUUUUGUGCGAUCGCUCGACCCCUGUCCGGGCGUAUUUAGAUUGUAAAAGGCAUUUUCCACCACGCAGAUCAAGGGAUACAGGAGUAGAGGAACAUGAAUCCCAUGCAUGUAAUACAUUGAUGCAAUCGGCAAGGAUUGCCAUA